CCCCGACACGGCACACCCACGGUUCACGAUUUUGUCAGUUGACAUGAUUUGCAGUUAAGCCGUAAUAAAAAGGAAAAGGAGGAGAUUCUACGGACGCAACUGGUGCUUGUCUUCAUCAUGAUUAUAAUGGAACCUUCAAUUUCUUGACCCUUCGCCGAAAUUUAGAUCUGUGAUGGAAAUUUUCAAAAAAGCCCAAACCGUCCGGCUAAUGAGCCACCACGACAAAUACCUCUCCGCCGACCGGAAGGACGAAUCGGUUUUCCAAUGCAGGGACGGCUCCACCAAGGCCGCGAAAUGGACCGUGGAAUUCGUCGAAGGGGCCCACUUCGUCCUCCGCCUGAAGAGCUGUUACGGCAGGUACCUGACCGCCACCGACGAGCAGUACCUUCUCGGCGUGACGGGCAGAAAGGUCAUUCAAACGGUACCUAAGAAACUGGACUCGAAGAUCGAAUGGGAACCCGUGAGGGAAGGGAACCUGGUGAAGCUGAAAACAAGGUACGGCAACUUUCUGAGGGCGAAUUCGGGAAUCCCCCCUUGGAGAAACUCAAUCACGCACGACAUUCCUCACAGGCAUCAAGACUGGAUUUUGUGGCAAGUUGAGAUUCUCGAAGUCCGUCCGGACUCGCCGGAAAAGAUCCCUAGAUCAGAUUACGCCGACGAUGACUUGUCCAACUUUAGGCUUGCCUCACCAUCUCUUUCCCAACACUCGCGAGGGGAGUCGGUCGAUGGGAGUGAAGGGCGGGUCAUAUAUUACUAUGUGGCGGAUGAUAACGGGAAUGUUGAGGAUAAUGGGGUUGAAUGGCCAUGCUUCCAUUUUAAAGGGAAUGGUUUGGAGGAAUUGAGUGAGAAGCUGGAGGAAGAGACAGGGCUUGAAGAUGUGAUCGUGUGCAUGCGCAACCCUUUGAAUGGCAAGGUUAUCCCUCUCCGCUUAGCUCUCCCGCCUAACAAUUCUACCAUGCAUGUCGUCGUUCUUCCUUCCUCUUCCAAAGCGGCUAGAGUCUUUCUGCCGGAAAGUUCACUCUCACCAUCUCAUUGUUGAUCAAUGAUCAAUCCAUCCCUCCACGGAUAGCUAGGGUGGUCAUUCAUACUCACAAGAGAGAAGAACAUUCAGAUAGCAUGGGGUUAUUCUUCUAUGAUUUGUUUUUGGGAUAAGGGUCAGAUAGGGCCUCGAACUCGAAAAAAAAAUGUCAAAUAAGGUCAUAUUUUGGAUGCUCUGUCUGGCCGACGCCAUUUGGGGCGGUUCCCGAUGGAAUUUUUUGAUAAAAUUUUUUGAGCAUCUUCCUCAUUAAGUCUAGUUUACCCAUACCAAAUUUCAGCUAAAAACUCAACCGGGAAGGUAGUCAAAUGAGUUUUUGAAGAUAACUGUGAAGUUAAACAACGCCGUACAUUUCGGAAAAUUAUUUGACUACCUUCCCGGUUGAAUUUUUAGCUGAAAUUUGGUAUGGGUAAACUAGACUUAAUGAGGAAGAUGCUCAAAAAAUUUCAUCAAAAAAUUCCAUCGGUAACCGCCCCAAAUGGCGUCGGCCAGAGAGAGCGUCCGAAAUAUGACCUUAUUUGACAUUUUUUUUCGAGUUCGAGGCCCUAUCUGACCCUUAUCCCUUUGUUUUUUGAUUGUGAUUUGGACGGAGUGAAUCUUAUGUUUGCUGAGUGUGUAAUAGCCUUCUUUGAUCCAACAAGGGGGGCAUUGAAUAAUGUAAAGAGGGAUUGAAGUGUCCAUCCUUAAUUUCAUGUUAGCACUUUAAUUUCAUUGUGCAAUGAUUGCCAAGCUCUACAAAUCAUUCUUGGAAAUCAACCUGUACUAAACGCUACUGUAUAAUAUAAGCUACAAACAGGGCCGUCUAGAGCAUUUAUGAGGCCCUAGACAAUCAAAUAGGCAGUUCAUUGAAAUAUAUAAUUUUAUUGAGCUUAACAAUACUCUGUAUAAAAAAUAUAAUAUCUUGUAAAUUACAUACAAAAUGUCG